AUGAAUUGUUCACCCGAAAAAAAGUCGAGGCUGAAUCAGCAGGCAGUGGGUAACAUCCAAUUUAGUUUCUUUGACCGACAGAAUGAGGUAUUUGAAGUGUGUGAGUGUCCCAGUAUUGUGGAGUAUGCAGUGGACCUCCGUCGACAACGGUGUGACUGUGGUGAAUUCCAAGUUGACCGGCUUCCGUGUCAACAUGUGUUUGCUUGUUGUGCAAACCAGCGGCUGGAUUGGCAACUGUAUGUACAUGAUGUCUACAAGAUGGACCAAGUUCGACGAGUCUACAGGGCUAGGUUUAGGCCGCUAGGGAAUCCCACAACAUGGCCUGUUUAUCAUGGACCUCGAUUCGUAGGUAAUCCAUUCCUUAGACGGGUAUCCAAAGGUCGGCCAAGGAUGACCCAUUUCUUGAAUGAGAUGGACACUCGGAUGUUGCGUGGUCCUAUGCGAUGUAAGCAAUGCGGGGCCGAGGGCCACAGCCGUAGUAGAUGUCGUCAACGUGGUGGUGCAAGUGCAGGUGCGACCACCCAAUAG